AUGGCCGACCGCGAAUAUGACGAGCACGAGGGAUCCGUGGACCCCGAACUCCUAUACACCAAGGAAUUUUGUAUAGGUGGUGGAAGUUUUGGCAAGGUCUACAAAGGUGUCGACAAACGAAGCGGCCAGGCCGUAGCCAUCAAGGUUAUCGAUAUCGAAAGCGCCGAAGACGAAGUAGAAGACAUCAUCCAGGAGAUCGCCAUCCUUUCCGAGCUACAGUCGCCCUACGUCACUAAAUACUACGGUUCAUAUGCCAAGGGCGCCGAGCUAUGGAUUGUCAUGGAGUUCUGCUCGGGCGGUAGCUGUGCCGAUUUGAUGAAGCCGGGCCUGAUUGGGGAAGACUAUAUCGCCAUCAUCGUCCGCGAACUGCUGCUGGGGCUGGACUACUUGCAUCAGGACAAGAAGCUACACCGAGAUAUCAAAGCUGCCAACAUUCUCCUUGCUGCCAAUGGCCAGGUCAAGCUCGCCGAUUUCGGUGUUUCCGGUCAGCUAUCGGCGACCAUGACCAAGAAGAACACAUUUGUCGGCACCCCGUUCUGGAUGGCUCCCGAGGUCAUUAAGCAAAGCGGCUACGAUCACAAGGCUGAUAUUUGGUCUUUGGGUAUCACGGCCCUUGAGCUCGCCAAGGGAGAGCCACCUUACGCCGACAUCCAUCCCAUGAAGGUGCUAUUCCUGAUUCCCAAGAAUCCGCCUCCACGCCUGGAGGGAAACUUCAGCAAGGGGUUCAAGGAGUUCAUCGAGCUGUGCUUGCAGCGUGACCCCAAGGAAAGGCCAACGGCAAGAGAACUUCUCAAGCAUCCGUUUAUCAGACGGGCAAAGAAGACCAGCUAUCUGACGGAGCUCAUCGAACGAUACAACCGGUGGGCAGCUACGCACAAGCAGGAUGACGAAGAGUACAAUGAGCCGGAGCAAAACCAUUAUGUUGAGCAACGGAAGCACAUCAACGAGGACAUGUGGGACUUUGGCACAGUCCGGCUGGUUAGUGACCGCGGCGGUGUGGUCCACAGGCCCGGCAUGUUGAACGUCAUGGACGAGUCGACACUCAACGCGAGGUCCGGCAGAGCGAACGAGAUCGCGGAUAACCGGGAAGACUGGAGGAGGGAAUCUAACCAAGCUACAUCCAAGCUUGCGGUUGACACCAGUGGACAAGGGACCGCGAGGCAAGCAUCACCUGCGAGGAAACCUGUAACAACACCAAGCCUAGCGAUGCCGCCCCCGACCAGAGUCUCUGUGCCUAGUUCACCUGUUAAGCAGCAGAUACAGCAACUAGAGCAACAGUCCCAGAAAUCGAGGGAAACCCCGACGCCUCGGACGUCACUAGCCAGACCGGUGUCGCAUGUGCCAUUAGGCAGUUCUCCGGAUUAUGAUCGUGUGCUUCAGGAACAGUUACGACGGGAUAUUGGGGGUAUGAACCUCGGACCGGCUAUACAGAACAGCACACAGCAACAAUCAGCACUGUCGCCACCGCAGUAUAACCAACAACCUUCGUCAUCGUCUUCAAGAACCUCGGCUGGACCUAUGAAGCUGUCUGAGAUACCCCCAUUCAGAGGAGGACAGCAGCCACAGCAACAGCCCCUCCAGAAACUCACGAACCAGCAAAUAAAUCAGCAAGCACCAAGCACGAACAAACCUUUCCAACAGCAGCAGCAGCAGCAAGCCCCCCUCUACCACCAACCUUCACGUGAAUCACUUUACCGGCAACAGCAGCAACAACCACCACCACCGCAGCAACAGCGUCAGCUAAAUCAUCAAGCUUCGCGCGAGCAAGUGUACCAACAGCAUCAGAGACAACAGUCACAACCUUCGAUGCUCUAUCACCAGCCCUCGCGCGAGUCAUUGUAUCAACAACAACAACAACAACAACACAACAACAACAACAACAACAAACACCACCAACAACAACAACAACAACAAGCCAACAACAACAACAACAACAACAAACAACAACAACAACAACAACAACACUGGACUGCAACCUCUCUUGACAACAACAACAACAACAACAAAAACAACAACAACAACAACAACAACACUGGACUGCAACCUCUCUUGACAACAACAACAACAACAACAAAGCAGCCAGCAGCAGCAACAGCAGCAACAGCAGCAACAACAGCAUCAGCAACUACAGCAUCAGCGACGAAAUUCACAGCAUCAGCAGCAGCCUUCCUCUGGACAUUGCCACGCUCCUCACCAUCAGGAAGCCGCAUAGUCUCCACCUCAUCCAAUUACGGCGGACUAAGCACACCGUCCUCGUCAUCAACAUCACUUGCAGCGUUCCCUUCGCCCGAUCCACCCAGUCCCAGCGGCGAGUUAGACGCCCUCAACGACGUGAUUUUCCCUGCACUAGAGGAGGCGCUCAAACGUCGCCAGAUAAUGCUGCAGCAGACGUACCGACCCGAACCAGGAUACGCUCCUUCUCCGCCAACGCCCAAGCAGCAGCGCGCUGAAGCGGCUAACGAGAAGAUACGCAAGUUGGUGUAUAAGCUGGCGCAUGUGUGCAAGGAAAUUGAUCACUAUGAUAAGGCGGAGCCGGUGGGGAUGGGCAAGGAUGUGGGAGGGUUCCUGGAGGGACUGUUGGAAGAGAUACUGGUGAGGGUUGAGCCGCUUGAUGUUUUGGGGCCGGAGGAUGGUGGGCGUGGUGGUUAG